GGUGGGACCGCAUCACGUGCCAAGAAAUCAUGACUUCGAUUUCCGCCAAUUUCCGCCGCCCUCUCGGGCAGCGUGAUUGGAUUAACUCAAAAGGCGGACUAUAACUCAAGUACUCGUUUUCUUUUGUGGAACCAUCUUCAAGUACCCUUGCUUGCCUGCUCCUCAACUAUAAUCCCUCCCCAACUAUAUUUCGUCAUGGUGAAGGACUACUUAUGGAGGCAAAGAGUCAAGUUCGAGUCGACCUUGGCACUGUCUAUGCUUGAGCCUUGGGAGAAACUUCUCUGCUUGAUCAUAUUCUCGCUCUUGACGAUGUUGGUGAUGAUUGGACUGUUCCAAUACUUGCCGCAACAUGUCAUGGUCAUGCAACGACGGGCCAUAUAUUACCUUUGGGGUCAGGAAGGAGACGUGCUUCGCUCAUGGGUGGAGACACCUGGGCUGAAAGAGCUAUAGUACGUACCUAAUUUUCCACUCAUGGAGGUGCGAGCGUUCUGGUGUUUUAUCUGCCUUCGUGCUUACCUACCGACACAUUUGUCUUCUUAGAUCUUCCCCUAUGCUAUCUAUUCUGGAUUCAUACCUUCCAUAUCCUUGACUCACCUACGUAUACCUCCUUUGUAUACUCAUACAUGACUACAAGAAACUCUUAUUGCUGAACCAAAUUUUGGUGCGCUCGAUCAUACAGCAGCCACCUGAUGACCCAAUGAUACUACAAGUUAUUGGGUUGCAAGACACUCGUUGAGUUUUCUUCUCUGUCUAGCCCGCAGAAACGUACUUUUUUUUCUCGUCGACGCUGGGUAAACACGCAAGUAGUUAUGCUCUUUACCUCACCAGCCCAUAGUACGUUUUGCCAGUAUGUUACGCACAUCGGUCCUCUCGGACGCGACCAGCUUCCGCAAGUGUGCAUGACG